GCUUCAGGUGAAGUAGUUGUUCACCUGCCUGCAGCUCCUCUCCUCAGUCCCAACCUGCAGAGCAAACAGUCGUGACUGUUUGCGCACAGUUUGACGCAUCUUCAACAACACGGAGGCCAAAACACCUGCCUGAUGGACCCUGAGGUUUAAUCAAAGGGGAUUUUGCAAUGCCACCGUGACAAAGACACAAGGAUCAUGCCGUCACACCGCAGGGGAAGGAGUCUCUCCGAUUCCCUGAUCCUGGAGCAAUCAGAGGAGGGAGGACUGGUCGUUUCCAGCAUCGACAACAGUUCCUCAGCCAAUCAGGGACUGAGAGAAGGGGAUGAACUUUUGGGGGCAACAAUCAACUUUGAUCAACUUUCAAAAACCGAGGUGUUGAAAGUACUGAAGAUGAUGGAGCCGUUUGAUGACAAGGUCCAUGUUCUCACCAGAAACAACAUGAGCAAGAGUCUUGGAAAUUUGGACCAGUGUACCAAGAGUCCUGAGACGAUGCUGAACGAUUCCUACAGCAAACUCUACAAUGCCAAAAUCAAGAAGUUUAUGAAAGAUGACUUGCACGGUGCCAAGGAGGGCUCUGUGAACAAGGAGGUUACUCCCAAGUCAACUGUACCAGGCUCAUCGAAGGUCAACCUAAAGCACAACAUGGGGUUGCCUCGCUUUGGAGUUGACUUUGGACUUGAAAGUCAAAAAAAGAAGACUCUGGCCACAGACGUUGAUGCCGGAGAAUUAUCAUAUGACAGCAAUCUGAACCUUCCACCUAUGGGUCUCGGGUUGAAUAGGACUUCUCUAAGUGGAGCUCAGGUACCAAGACUGAAAGUGAAUGCUAGGAGUCCACAAUUUAAUGCUCCAGACUUCCAUCUGUCCAAAACAUUACCAGAGGGUCCAAACACUAUAGCUGGUAUACGACUGCCAAACAGUGAUAGUCCAUCAAUUGACUUGACAAUGCCAUAUCUUGAAAGAACUCAAAUUGGGCUGGAAAGCAAUGGAACUUUUAGAGCUCCAGAAAUGGGUAUGGACUUAAAAGGUUCAGGUGUUACUACCCCUGACAUGGGGAUAAACCUUAAGGGGGGAAAUAUCACUGGUCCAUCCUUUGACAAUGGUGUCCAGACCCCAGAUGUAGGAACCCCAGAUGUUCCCUCAGGUAAACUCGGUCUCAAGUAUUCCAAGAGACUGAAAAACCCACAUCUAAAUGUCGACAAUCCUACCGGUUAUGUAGAGUCACCCAAGCUCAGGCUGUCUGGAGGAUCUCCUGACUUGGACAUAGAAAUGCCAGGUGUUGAUGUAUCACAACUUGAUAUACAUAGGCCGGACAUUGACAUGCCUUCAGGGAAAGUCAAAGUGCCAUUUAAGAAACCAAAGAUUGAUCUUAAAUCUCCGGGUUUAAAUCUGGAUGCCCCAUCUGGUAAAUUGACUAUGCCCAAAUUUGGGUUCUCAGGCAAAGGUGAUGCUGAUGGUAAAACACCUGACCUAAGUCUUGAAACACCAAAGAUAAAAGGUGGAAUUCAUGGACCUAAUGCAAAUCUACCCAAAGUUGACCUAAAAGGACCAAAGUUAGCCAUUGGCUCUCCAACUGGAAAAUACAAAGCUCCUUCGUUUGAAAUGCCCAAAUUCGAUUUACCAGGCAUUCGAGUUCCCAGUUUUAAUGGAGAUUUAGAGGGACCAGAUGUGCGAUUGGCAGCGCCAGAUCUCAAAGCUAGAAUUGCAGAUCCAAAUGUUGACAUGAAUGUCCCCUCAACUGACUUUGACUUUCCAAGCCCAUCUGAAAAGCUCAAAAUGCCAGAUUUUGGUCUAUCUGGGCCUAAAGUUAAAGGCCUUGAAUAUGAUUUAAAAACUCCAGGCAUUGAUGUAUCCGCUCCCAAGUUUAAGGGGAGGGGCAUCAAUUUGCCUGGUGGUGAUCUCAAAGCUCCAAAGGUAGACCUUAAUACUCCUGAUGUUGAUAUUAAUAUGCCUCCUGGUAAAUUAGGCAUUGAUGCAGAAGUUCCCUCUGGCAAGCCUAAACGGCCAAAAUUCAAACUCUUUGGCGCAUUACCAAAGAAAAAAGAUGUAGAUAUCAAUGCAGGGAUGAAAACACCUGAACUAGCUCUGAAAUCCCCUAAGAUAAAAGGCAUAAAUGCUCCUGAAGUGGAUCUUAAAGCUCCAGAUUUAGACCUCCACUCUCCAGAUUUAAACAUUGGUUCACCCAAAGGAAGAUUCACAAUGCCAGGUUUUAAAAUGCCAGAUUUUGGACUGUCAGGACCAAAGCUGAAAGGGCUUGAUGGUGAUCUAAAGACUCCUGACUUUGACCUCUCCGCCCCCAAAUUUAAAGGUGAUAUUGGUUCCCCAGAUUUAAAUUUGCCUAAGAUGGACCUUAAUAAACCAAAACUAGAUCUUUCUGGCCCAGAUGUUGACGUAGAUAUGCCCUCAGGUAAAUUCAAAGUACCAGCAAUAAGGAAACCAAAUAUUGACUUGAAUGCUCCUGACAUGCAUAUUGAUGCUCCCUCAGGCAAAUUGAAAAUGCCAAAAUUAAACCUUUCAGGUACAUUACCAAAGGGACCAAAUAUGGACAUUGAUUCACCAGAUCUGAGUCUGAAAGCUCCAAAGAUAAAGGGUGGAUUUGAUGCCCCUGACUUGGACUUACCAAACAUGAACCUUAAAGCUCCCAAGUUAGAUGUUAACACUCCAGAUGUCAACAUUGGUUCACCCAAAGCAAAAUUUAAAAUGCCUAAAAUGAAAAUGCCUAAAUUUAAUCAACCAAAACUGAAAGGAACUGAGAUUGAUGGAAACUUGGAUGGCCCAGAUCUUGAUGUAACUGUACCAAAUGUUAAUCUUAAAGGUCCUAAAGCUGACGUGGGAGUGCCAGAUGUUGAUAUUUCUGGUCCUUCAGGUAAAUUGAAAAAGCCAAACUUCAACCUGCCGGAUUUUGGACUUUCUGGUCCAAAGUUACAUGGCCCCAACCUGGGUCUCAAAACACCUGAUCUAGAUGUAUCUAGUCCCAAUCUCCAUGGUGGAGUAAAUGCACCAGACAUAAACAUGCCCACAUUUGAUCUCAAAAGCCCCAAACUAGACCUUAAUACCCCAAAGCUCAACUUAGACAUGCCAUCAGGUAAAGUGAAAAUGCCAGAGCUUCAUGCUCCAGACUGGGAUGUUAAUGCUCCCUCAGGCAAAUUGAAAAUGCCAAAAUUAAACCUUUCAGGUACAUUACCAAAGGGACCAAAUAUGGACAUCGAUUCACCAGAUCUGAGUCUGAAAGCUCCAAAGAUAAAGGGUGGAUUUGAUGCCCCUGACUUGGACUUACCAAACAUGAAGCUUAAAGCUCCCAAGUUAGAUGUGAACACUCCAGAUGUCAACAUUGGUUCACCCAAAGCAAAAUUUAAAAUGCCUAAAAUGAAAAUGCCUAAAUUUAAUCAACCAAAACUGAAAGGACCUGAGAUUGAUGGAAACUUGGAUAGCCCAGAUCUUGAUGUAACUGUACCAAAUGUUAAUCUUAAAGGUCCUAAAGCUGAAGUGGGAAUGCCAGAUUUUGAUAUUUCUGGUCCUUCAGGUAAAUUGAAAAAGCCAAACUUCAACCUGCCUGAUUUUGGACUUUCUGGUCCAAAGUUACAUGGCCCCAACCUGGGCCUCAAAACACCUGAUCUAGAUGUAUCUAGUCCCAAUCUCCAUGGUGGAAUAAAUGCACCAGACAUAAACAUGCCCAAGGCUGAUCUCAAAAGCCCCAAACUAGACCUUAAUACCCCAAAGCUCAACUUAGACAUGCCAUCAGGUAAACUGGAAAUGCCAGAGCUUCAUGCUCCAGACUGGGAUGUUAAUGCUCCCUCAGGCAAAUUGAAUAUGCCAAAAUUAAACCUUUCAGGUACAUUACCAAAGGGACCAAAUAUGGACAUCGAUUCACCAGAUCUGAGUCUGAAAGCUCCAAAGAUAAAGGGUGGAUUUGAUGCCCCUAAUUUGGAUUUACCAAACAUGAAACUUAAAGCUCCCAAGUUAGAUGUUAACACUCCAGAUGUCAACAUUGGUUCACCCAAAGGAAAAUUCAAAAUGCCCAAAUUCACAAUGCCUAAAUUUAGCGUCCCAAGACUAAAAGGACCUCAGAUUGACGGAAAUUUGGAUAAGCCUGAUUUUGAUGUAAAUGUACCCAAUGUCAACCUCAAAGGUCCUAAAGCUGAUGUGGGAAUGCCAGAUUUUGAUGUUUCUGCUCCAUCAGGAAAAUUCAAAAAACCACAUUUUAACUUGCCUGAUUUGGGGUUUUCUGGUCCAAAGUUACAUGGCCCUAACCUGGGCCUCAAAACACCUGAUCUAGAUGUAUCUGGUCCCAAUCUUAGUGGUGGUUUAAAUGCACCAGACAUAAACAUGCCCAAGGUCGAUCUUAAAAGCCCCAAACUAGACCUUAAUACCCCAAAACUCAACUUAGACAUGCCAUCAGGUAAACUGGAAAUGCCAGAGCUUCAUGCUCCAGACUGGGAUGUUAAUGCUCCCUCAGGCAAAUUGAAUAUGCCUAAAUUAAGCCUUUCAGGCACAUUGCCAAAGGGACCAAAUUUGGACUUAGAAUCACCAGAUCUGAGUCUGAAAGCUCCAAAGAUAAAGGGUGGAAUUGAUGCCCCUGAUUUGAACUUACCCAAAAUGAACCUUAAAGCUCCCAAGUUUGAUGUUAACACUCCAGAUGUCAACAUUGGUUCACCCAAAGCAAAAUUUAAAAUGCCCAAAAUGAAAAUGCCUAAAUUUAGCGUCCCAAGCCUAAAAGGACCUGAGAUUGACGGAAACUUGGAUGUCCCUGAUGUUGAUGUAAAUGUACCCAAUGUGAACCUCAAAGGUCCUAAAGCUGAUGUCGGAAUGCCAGAUUUUGAUCUUUCUGGUCCAUCGGGAAAAUUCAAAAAGCCAAAUUUUAACCUGCCUGAAUUUGGGUUUUCUGGUCCAAAAUUAAAUGGUCCUAACCUGGGCCUCAAAACACCUGAUCUAGAUGUAUCUGGUCCCAAUCUUAGUGGUGGUUUAAAUGCUCCAGACAUAAACAUGCCCAAGGUCGAUCUUAAAAGCCACAAACUAGACCUUAAUACCCCAAAGCUCAACUUAGACAUGCCAUCAGGUAAACUGGAAAUGCCAGAGCUUCAUGCUCCAGACUGGGAUGUUAAUGCUCCCUCAGGCAAAUUUAAUAUGCCUAAAUUAAGCCUUUCAGGCACAUUGCCAAAGGGACCAAAUUUGGACAUUGAUUCACCAGAUCUGAGUCUGAAAGCUCCAAAGAUAAAGGGUGGAAUUGAUGCCCCUGAUUUGAACUUACCCAAAAUGAACCUUAAAGCUCCCAAGUUUGAUGUUAACACUCCAGAUGUCAACAUUGGUUCACCCAAAGCAAAAUUUAAAAUGCCCAAAAUGAAAAUGCCUAAAUUUAGCGUCCCAAGCCUAAAAGGACCUGAGAUUGACGGAAACUUGGAUGUCCCUGAUGUUGAUGUAAAUGUACCCAAUGUCAACCUCAAAGGUCCUAAAGCUGAUGUCGGAAUGCCAGAUCUUGAUCUUUCUGGUCCAUCGGGAAAAUUCAAAAAGCCAAAUUUUAACCUGCCUGACUUUGGGUUUUCUGGUCCAAAAUUAAAUGGUCCUAACCUGGGCCUCAAAACACCUGAUCUAGAUGUAUCUGGUCCCAAUCUUAGUGGUGGUUUAAAUGCUCCAGACAUAAACAUGCCCAAGGUCGAUCUUAAAAGCCCCAAACUAGACCUUAAUACCCCAAAACUCAACUUAGACAUGCCAUCAGGUAAACUGGAAAUGCCAGAGCUUCAUGCUCCAGACUGGGAUGUUAAUGCUCCCUCAGGCAAAUUGAAUAUGCCUAAAUUAAGCCUUUCAAGCACAUUACCAAAGGGACCAAAUAUGGACAUAGAAUCACCAGAUCUGAGUCUGAAAGCUCCAAAGAUAAAGGGUGGAAUUGAUGCCCCUGAUUUGGACUUACCAAACAUGAACCUUAAAGCUCCCAAGUUUGAUGUGAACACUCCAGAUGUCAACAUCGGUCCACCCAAAGCAAAAUUUAAAAUGCCCAAAUUUAAAAUGCCUAAAUUUAGCGUCCCAAGACUAAAAGGACCUCAGAUUGAUGGAAAUUUGGAUAAGCCUGAUUUUGAUGUAAAUGUACCCAAUGUCAACCUCAAAGGUCCUAAAGCUGAUGUGGGAAUGCCAGAUUUUGAUGUUUCUGCUCCAUCAGGAAAAUUCAAAAAGCCAAAUUUUAACCUGCCUGAUUUUGGACUUUCUGGUCCAAAGUUACAUGGCCCCAACCUGGGCCUCAAAACACCUGAUCUAGAUGUAUCUAGUCCCAAUCUCCAUGGUGGAAUAAAUGCACCAGACAUAAACAUGCCCAAGGCUGAUCUCAAAAGCCCCAAACUAGACCUUAAUACCCCAAAGCUCAACUUAGACAUGCCAUCAGGUAAACUGGAAAUGCCAGAGCUUCAUGCUCCAGACUGGGAUGUUAAUGCUCCCUCAGGCAAAUUGAAAAUGCCUAAAUUGAACCUUUCAGGUACAUUACCAAAGGGACCAAAUAUGGACAUCGAUUCACCAGAUCUGAGUCUGAAAGCUCCAAAGAUAAAGGGUGGAUUUGAUGCCCCUGACUUGGACUUACCAAACAUGAACCUUAAAGCUCCCAAGUUAGAUGUUAACACUCCAGAUGUCAACAUUGGUUCACCCAAAGCAAAAUUUAAAAUGCCCAAAAUGAAAAUGCCUAAAUUUAAUGUACCAAACCUCAAAGGACCUGAGAUUGAUGGGGACUUUGAUGGCCCAGACAUUGACAUGAAUGCACCCAACAUCAACCUCAAAGGCCCCAAAGGUGUUGAUUUUGGCAGCCCAUCGGGAAAUAUUAAAAAGCCACAUUUAAAAAUGCCCGAUGUGGGAUUUUCCAGUCCAAAGUUAGAUGGCCCAAACUAUGACUUCAAUUCUGACCUAAAAACUCCAGAUUUUAAUGUCAAAGCUCCAAAAUUGAAAGGUGGAAUUGAUGCUCCUAAAAUGGACCUUAAAAUGCCAAGUUUAAAUACACCAGACCUCAGUCUCUCUGGACCUAAGGCAAAAAUACCAGACCUGAAUCUUUCAGGACCUAAACUGAAAGGCCCUAGUAUGAGAAUGCCAGACUUAGAUUUGCCUGAUGCCAGUUUCAAAGGUCCCAAGCUAGACCUCAAUGCAAAAAUUCCAGAUCUAGGAAUAAAUGGUAACACAGGACGACCUGACAUGAACUUUACUGCCCCUAAUGUCAAAGGAGGAAUAAGAGGCCCAGAGGUUGGCAUAAAUGUACCCUCAGGAAACAUCCAUGGUCCUCAGACUGAUUUUGAUUUGGCAGACAGGAAAUUCAAUGUUCCUUCUUUCAAGCUGCCUCAGCUCGGAGGCCCAGACCGAAACAGGGCAGGGUAUGAUAUUGACUUUGAUACAUCUCUGAGACCAACAAAUCUGGAUUUUUCUCCUCCAAAUGCAAAACUGAAUAUGAAACAACCACAGUUGGAGGGUGAUUUUACAGGUCCAAAUGUUAGUGCUCCAAAAAUGCCAAAAGUGGCAAUGCAGAGUCCACAGCUGCAUCUUAAAUCUCCAGAUCUUAACAUUGAUGAUCCUUCACUAAAUUUCAGAGUACCUUCUUAUUCAAAUCGCAGAUCAGAUAUCCCAGGGUUAAACAUGAGAAUGCCUGUCAUGGACGUAGAUGGAGAUGUUAGACUUCAUCACACUGAUGAACAGUCAUCUAGGACCAAAGUAAGGUCCAGCUACCCUCAGGUGGAUGCUAGUUUUGGCCACAACAUUCAUUACGACCAUUCAGAUCUCAACAUUGAUGAUUUCACAGAAAAGGAGCAUGUGCUUAAAGCCAGAGGUACAAAACUGGGCUUCCAGCCACCACCUAACUAUGGAAAGGUGAUCUCCCCAUCGGGUGUUAAUAUUGACAUGAGGGACCCCAGACACACCAGAACAAUACUUCCUGGUGAUGUGGAUAUGUAUUCAAGGCACCACAGAACAAUGCAGCAGGAAUCUAAAACAAGUUUGCCACAAAAUCCAAGAACAAGAGUCCCUGACAGUUCAGAUGGAUACUAUGUUACUGUUUUUCCCAACAAAGCACAAGAUCAAAGAAUGCCAAACCGCAAAUAUAACACACUUGGGGGGGCUGGUUUUCGUUCAGGAAACAUGGACCUUGAAGUUCCAAGAGAAAAUGACCAAAAAGGGGGGUCAACUUUCUUUUUCUCAAACCUCAUGUAGGUUUCAAACCACUAACGUGUCCAUAAGCGAUACAAAAUGUCUCUUUUAGUGUGUUUUUUAUAUUGGGUUUAUGUAUGACUUGUGACUUAAGCUGUUGUCUGUUUAUUGUAUAAUUUAUGCAUUUCUGAAAUGUGUUCCUGCCUCAUAUGAGUUUUUUGUAUAUAAAGCCAAUCUUGUUGCUUUGUAAUGCACCAUUCCUGCACAUGUUUUAUAUAAAUUACAUUUUGUAAUUUGUACUAUGUACUAUUCAAUACUUGUUUGAAAAGUAGGUAUUCUUUCUAUGUACAUUUAAGUUAGGUUAUGGCACCCAAAAUCUCUAAAAUCCCCUAAUUUCCUCUGAUGUUAAAACUCAAGGAGGAAAUUUGUGGAUUUUUUGGGUACUAUUACGAGGUCAAAGCGUGAAAGUUUUUUAGUUUUAUAUUAUCAACUAAAUGUUAAAAUACUCAAAGUUUUGCAUAUGUUUAUAUUAUACUGUAUGUCUAUACUUUUGAAACACCCACUUUAUUUCAUAUUCAUUGGGGAUGUACUGUAUAUAGUUGAGUUUAUAUAAUUUUUAAUAACCAUUUUUGCUUCAACAGAGUUUUUGUUUUAACAAUUUUGCGCAAUAAUAUAAUACAUUUUCAUGAAGUUAUUUAAGAUGACUUUAUAUGCUUAACUAUAAAAAUAAAUUACCUAUUUUAAAGGUGACCAUUAAGAUAUUGAAAUAUGUUUGGAUGCACCACAUAUCAUUUUGUUAUUAUAUUGUAUGGAAAGAUAAACACAAAAAUAAGUACAGUAUUUGUUUCCUGGUUUAUAUUAUGCUGCUUUAUUGCAAGGAAAAGAAUGUACAAGAUGUUUUAGGUAUACAUUUAAUUAAAGUAUUUCUUUAGUAAGAGAAGAUACAAAUAAACUGACCCAUCUCACACUU